GAAAUAAAAAAUUGCAUAUUCAUCUCUUUCUUCAAAAUAUUUAAAAUUGCCAUCAUGUCUGUGAUUCUCGUUUCCUCUGACGGCCAGGAGUUCAAAAUCGACAAGGAGGUGGCCGAACGUUCGAUCUUGAUCAAGAACAUGCUUGAGGAUGUCGGGGAGUCCGACGCACCCAUCCCUCUCCCUAACGUCACGGCUGCAGUGUUAACUAAAGUCAUCGAGUACUGCGAGCAUCAUCGUAACGAUCCUAUUCAAGUUUCAGAUGAGACAGACGACCCCCGCAAGCGUUCAAACGAUAUCGAAGAGUGGGACAUGAAGUUUAUGCAAGUCGAUCAGGAGAUGUUGUUCGAGAUAAUUUUGGCUGCCAAUUACUUGGAUAUUAAGCCAUUGCUUGAUGUUGGUUGCAAAACCGUUGCUAACAUCAUUAAAGGCAAAACUCCCGAGCAAAUCCGGAAGGCCUUCAACAUCGUUAACGAUUUUACGCCUGAGGAAGAAGCACAGAUUAAGAAGGAGAAUGAAUGGGCUGAGGACCGUUAAAUGAGUUAUAGUUUACUGGAUUAAACUUUUUAUUAGGCUACCAAAAUACAAUCAUAAUGUGCAAAACUUGUAUAAGUAUGCUUGACGUAGGAUGUAAACUAAUUACUGAGUCCAAAUCCCCUCGCCUUUAAAACUGCUCAUAUCCCCUAAUGCUUCAGAGAUAACACCGUCUUCAAGAUCUUCGUCCAUAGAGGCAGUAGUCGCUCUCUGGUUAGAAUUUUCAUAAUGACUAAUAGAAGACGAUGGGACGUAUCUUUCACCCUCUUCCAUGUCUCGUUCAUCUAUUUCUUGUCCUUCUUGUUCUUCCCUUUGUAUCUGAUCUUCUUCUUCUUCUUCUUCUUCAUCAUCUUCCACCUCCACUAUCUCCUCCUCCCAC